ACAACCGCCUAACAUUUCCUGCUCAGUCAGCAAUUUCUCGACGGACCUUCUCGCAUUUACUCUUAGACCUAGACCGACAGUCGUAAGCGAUUCCCUAGACCUUGUCAGCAGCAACCACCAUAAUAACGGGGCCUUGUCAGUUCACCCCUCGACACAUUGCGGGGAAGUUUGCGCUACCUCUCUAAACGUGACCUGACAAGUCCGUCGAGCUCGUGUUGAUCUUAGCUAUCCUUCUCGUAUACACAUUAGUCGUGGUGUGCUUCCUACGAUAGUCUUACUGUGCUUCCUACGAUAGUCUUACUGUGCCUCCUACGAUAGUCUUACUGUGCUUCCUACGAUAGUCUUACUGUGCUUCCGACGAUGACAACGGAGGUCGCGGGUCGCAACAUCGUCGUUGCGGUCGACGAGUCCGACCAAAGCUUCUACGCCUUGCAAUGGGCGUUCGACCACAUUAUUCGCAAGGAGGUGGAUAAGGCGAUUCUCGUGACGGUGGAGACGCCCAUUACCAGUAACGCAGAGGCUUUCGCGAUUCCCGAGGAGGACGAGCUGCACGUGGAGGACGACAGGAAGCAGGAGUCGAAGAGCGUCGCUGACAGGGCUGAGGCCAUCUGCAAAGACAACAAGGUGACGAGUGUGACGAAGAUCUACCAGGGCGAGGCGCGGGGGGCGAUCUGCCAGGCGUGUGAGGAGAACGAGGCGAGCAUGCUGGUCAUCGGCAGCCACGGCCACGGGCCCGUCAAGAGAAGCUUUCUUGGCUCCGUCAGCGACUAUUGCUCCAAAUACGCCCGGUGUCCAGUGGUUGUGAUCCGACCUAAAAGCUGAUUCAUGCACCACCAGUAUUACCAUAACUGCUUGGGAAGCGAUUAUAAGUCAGGGUAAAUACCCUUCUCUUCUAGCUCAGCUUCCAAUCGAAGUACAAUGCAAUGCACAGUAGGGUCCUUUCACAGGUUUCUCAUUCCAGUAUUGUAUUCCAGAUUGUUUCCUCAGCACAAAGCUAUGCUCUUGAUAAUGAGCUCCAAUGUUGGAUAUGA